AUGGGCUUGCGAAGCUUCACCCUCUUGGCUACCCUCGGCCUUGCAGCCGCCCAGACAUCGGUUGUCUCGCUGUUUAUGUUCGACAACACUGACCCACAACCCGCCGUCGGAUCUAUUAUUGGAGAGAAAGCGGGAACAACCACUUAUCUUGUCGGAUGUCCUAAGGGCGAGCCGAGCGACGAGUGUGGCUUCGGGAAUGGCUACACCGUGACUGCGGCUCCCACCCACACGAUCUACGAGAUCAACAUGCCGCCGGUGGUCUCUGGUACCAUUGACUGCACAAUGAGCGGCACCACAUCCGCCUGGUGCAAUCAGUCGUUAACUGGCAGCGAUCUCACCGAUGGCAUUACAACACUUACCCUGGAAAAGACUGAUAUCAGCUUCUUGCCAGUCACUAUCACAGCAGGCCCCAAGGAAGCCUCUGCAUCGACCACUACCGUUAAAUCGACCGAAGCUUCGGCCACGUCCACCGCUAGCGGCGAGUCCCAGACUGCUUCCUCGACUGCUUCCUCGACUGCUUCCUCGACUCCUGCCUCAAGCACUAGCACCGGUGGAAUGCCUCAAAUGACCGGGAACGCUGGUCUUGCGCUCGGUGGUAUUGCCAUGGCGGUGGCCGCUGCCGCUCUGUAG